GCUUGUCACCAUAUCUUUAACCGAUCAGUUGCAGGUAUUCAUUGUCGAAGUCUUAUGUUUGAGGAGCCAAUUGGAGGAUAUGCUCUUCAACAGCACGUUUUCAAACAAAUAUAUUUGUUCAUGGGAAUUGAGCCCUAUAGCGACUGCAAAAAUAGGUGCCUCAUGGAAAAUACCUGUGUGUCCGUCAACAUUGGCCCACCCAGCAAGAAUGGACUCAGGGUCUGUCAACUGAGUGAUUCUGAUCACACUCAACAUCCUGCUGACCUUAAACUCCAAGAAGGAUACCAGUAUUGGGCUACAAAGGUGUGGAUAUUUGGAUAGAACACAAUACGAUAGAUUCAUUUUCUAAUUUUCCCUGGUAUGGUUAUACUGAGUUUUUAUUAAUAUAAAUCAUACUAAAGAUAAAUUUAUCCCUGCAGAAUCCAUGUUCAAGCAGCCCUUGUCUUCCUAAUGCAACCUGUCUAAAUGGGUUUACAGAUAAGAGAUACAUUUGCUUGUGUCAAGUUGGUUCCAAGGGAAAACAAUGUGGAGAAAAAGGUGACCAGAAGCUGAGAAUUUCUAAAAAUAAAUGUCAGGUUUACCUUCGUGCUUGUGUGUUAUCUCCUUCUGUGAAUCUUUUACUUUGA